GGAGCGCUGCUCUCGCUCUGCAGGAAAGCGCGGUUUCCCUCUGGCGUUUGCAGCCGGGAUUAUUUUUCUUUUUUCUUUUUCCCCUCUCCCCGCCUCCUUUCCCGGCGAAGUUUUCCAAGGUGUGGUUUCAAAAGCGGCGUCCCAUCCCUUCGGCUCCCGCUGAGCUCCGCGAAGGAGGAGAAGCGCCUCAGCUGGGCAACCGGUGUUAAGAAGCGCCUCGCAACUUUGAGAAGGGGGAGGGGGGAGGAGAAGAAGGGAGAAUGUGGAGUGUUUUUUCAGAGACGCCGAAGCGGCGAGAAACCAGCAGCAGCAGCACCACCACCACCACCACCCAAGUCUAAGCUUUCGACCGCCGCCAGCAGCUCCAGACAGGUGAGCUGAGACCCAAGCGGUUUCCUUCGCGCCCUGCAGGGGAGUAGGCGUAGUUUGCAUUCCGCCCUCCGCCGGACUUCGACCUGGAGCGUAUAGUCGUCUUAAAGAGGAAUGGACGGUCAGACCUGCUCGGCCUCGAGCGACGUGGCUCUUUCCAGGUGGAUCUUGUACACAGUAUUAAUUUAAAGGAAGAUUUAUCUGUUCAGGAAAUAAUAAACAGAGGACAGAUGUACAGCUAAGUAGUGAUGCGGAAAGCCAAGUCAAAAGCUCCCCUUCCUCCACCUGAAACUAAAGUUACUGAUUGCUCAUCUUUUGAUGAUCUAGAACUAACUAACUGCACUAUGGACCAAAAAGAAAAUGCGAUUGACAGAGACAUUCAGCUGUCUGUGCUUCUUCCUGGAGAGGUGAUCAAGACUACUAAUGUUAACGGCAGCAAACCAAUGAUGGACUUAUUGGUAUACCUUUGUGCACAAUACCAUUUAAAUCCUGCAAGCCAUAUUAUUGAUCUGAUGUCAGCUGAGAAGAAACCAAUCAAAUUCAAACCUAAUACACCUAUUGGGAUGCUUGAAUUUGAGCAAGUGAUUUUAAAGCCAAAACAAAUGGAUAAGAAAAAGCCUAUUCCUAUCAUCCCUGAGCAAACUGUGAGAGUUGUGGUGAAUUACAAGAAGACACAGAAGACAGUUGUCCGAGUUAGUCCUCAUGCACCACUUCAAGAAAUUGUGCAUAUUAUCAGCAGCAAAUGUGAUUUUGAUCCUUUACACACUGUUUUGCUAAAGACCUAUCAAUCUCGAGAGACUCUUGACCUGACAAAGUCCCUUAAUGACCUUGGACUCAGAGAAUUAUAUGCAAUGGAUGUCAGCAGAGCCACGCCAACUACUGAACACAGCUUGUCUUCAUUACAAGACUCUUUUCAGAACACCCAAAAUUCUGAGAAUUUGAAGGAGAAAGGAUUCUUUGGCAUUUUUCAACGAAGCAAAAAGAAACGACAACAGACGACCAGUGCUCCUGCGACACCACUCAUAAACAAGCCAAGGCCAGCCUUUUCUGUGAGAUCCAGCUCCGUUUCGAAACAGUAUGACUCAAACACUUUGCCCUCCGAGAUGCCCAAAAAGCGCCGAGCGCCUUUGCCUCCCAUGCCUGCUUCUCAAAGUGUGCCCCAGGAUCUUGCUCAGAGCCAGGACAAACCUAAGAUCUGUAUGCUGAAAUCCAGUAGUGUAGAUGAAACCGAUAAGGGACUCUCGGGAAUGGGAAUGGAGAGAUCAGGUUCUCUUCAUCUCAGUGGCACAUCUUCAGUUAAUUCUUCUUUAAGGCGCACAAAACGCAAAGCGCCUUCUCCACCUUCCAGGAAACUGCAUGGCCAAAGUGACCAUAGCAUUGACACAGGAUCAGAAUCUGCAGAAUCAAUUCAUACAGAAAGCAUUGACACAGGAAAAUACUCAAAAGCGCAGUCUCUAACAGGCAAUGUAGUUGAUCUAACCAGGACCCCAGUGGCAGCAGGUACCUCAUGCAGCUUUGAUCCAACCAGUCAUGAUCAAAACAAUGUCCAGCAAGUCGCAGAUGAAAGUAGAGUUUUGGUUAACACUGAUACUCCAGAUGAAUCUGAAGUGUCGCUCAAAUCUGACAUGGGUUCUGAAUAUAGCCUAAAGGAAAUAGAUGAGAAGGAAGAAACACAUGAUAACUCUCUCAGUGCUUCUGAGGUUCCACUAGAUGUUCAAAAACAUGAAACUGCUUCUGAUCCAAGUUUUGAUAUUGGAGACAAUGCACAAGAGUCUAAUGAAGAGAAAACAGAAAAUACGAGUGCACGAGAUAAAGCCCAAGAUAGUGAAAUAUUGAGUGAAGGAGUUAGCAUUCCCAAUGGUACAGCACAUGGUACAUUGCAGCCAAACACAAAUAAUGGUCAUAAAGAAGCAACAUAUCCUCUGCCUUCUAACAAACUCAGUAAGGAAGAAAUAGGAAAAAGUAACAAGCCUGAGACAGUGGAUGACACCUCUCUAAACGGGGAGAUGUCUUUGAAUGUGCACGAUCAAAAAUGUGAUCCCAUCAAUGUAGAUGUAAUAAAGACUCAGGAUGUUGCAAUUCAGACCAUAUCUGAAGAUAAUUGUGGUCAGACUGCAUUAAGUGAAAAUGGCAAUCAUCAGAGUCGCACACUGAGCCCUCACAAAAAUUCGACUCAUGUACACAAGCCAGUACAGAAAAACCAUUCCUCAGGAGCCCUGAAUAUGAUGAGUAAGCCCAUAGGACAAGCAGACCAAAGCAGUGUGAAUCCUAAUGGCACCCAUGAUAAUGCAUUGGUAAAUGAGAACCAAGUUCUCCCAGAGACAAUUGUCAGAAGCCCAAUUAGUUCUCCUACAAAAACGUACCCACUUUACAGACAAGAUUCAAAGCCUAAGCCUAAGCCUUCCAAUGAAAUUACCAGAGACUACAUACCCAAAGUUGGAAUGACUACUUACAAAAUAGUACCUCCCAAAUUUUUGGAAACCGCAAAGAAUCGGGAAUUAGAUCCUGUGGAACCCCAAGAAGCAACGGUAUCUCCCAAGAAUGAAAAUUCCCAAGAAUUUGGUACACAAACAGAGACUGCUAAUAUCUCAAAAAGACUGUAUCAAACGGAACCUGAUUUUAAGAAUGAAUUUACAUUAUAUGAGGUAAAGAGGGAUUCACCGCCUAAAACAUACCCGGCUGCUGAUCAUAGCCCAGUUUCCUUCUCCAGUGCCCAAGGCCAGAAAAUGGAGGUAGAACAUCCCAGGCCUAAUCAAGACUACCCAAUUCCUCCUUUAAUUCUAAAUUCAGGAAAGAAAAGUUCUCCACCUGCGGUGCAAGAAAAACCAAAAAUUUUGAGUCCCCCAAUAAGGCCAAGCAAUUUUUAUUUACAGAUACAGAGGAGGACCACAGAUCAUUAUGUAACUUCUGCAAUUGCAAGAAGUGGUUCUCUAAGCAGCCCUAUUCAGAGUGAAGCUAAGACCAUGGAGGUGGAGAAAAAAGUGGCAUCUCCAGAUCAACCUGGUCUUCCACUACCUAAACCAAUUAUUGUUCCUUCUCAAUUACCUGAGGAAACUACUGAAAAAGGAUGUAAUGAAGAAGAGAGAAAAGCCACCACUUCUCUUAUUCAGAGUGAAGCUAAGACUAUGGAGACGGAGAAAAAAGUGGCAUCUCCAGAUCAACCUGGCCUUCCACUACCUAAACCAAUUACUGUUCCUUCUCGGUUACCUGAGGAAACUACUGAAAAUGGAUAUAAUGAAGAAGAGAGAAAAGUCACCACUUUUCCUAUUCAGAAUGAAGCUAAGACUAGGGAGACGGAAAAAAAAGUGGCAUCUCCAGAUCAACCUGGCUUUCCACUACCUAAACCAGUUACUGUUCCUUCUCAGUUACCUGAGAAAACUACUGAAAAUGGAUGUAAUGAAGAAGAGAGAAAAGUCACUUCUCCUAUAAAAGUAUCUCAACCAUUGAUUUCUCCUUCAUCCCAGCCUUCUCCAUUACAAUUGAAAACUUUGAGGACUUUUAUUUUGCCACAACCAUAUUCUUCUCCUAAACCUUCACCUUUUGCUCUUGCUGUAUCAUCAGCAGUUAAAAGAUCACAGUCCUUCAGUAAAACAUGUGCCAAUGCAACCAGACCAUUAAAAGAACAAUCUUCUCUUGACCUUAGCUCAUCAGCAUCCAACAUCGAAGUAAAAGAUUAUUCAUCUAUACCGAGUCCAACAACUCAGACACAGCAGAUCCUGACAGACAAGCAGAAGACUAACGAUGCAAGCUAUGAGCAAAACAGGCAGGCACCCCCUUUAUUCAACCAUCCAGCUACCGCUAUCUGUGAGAGAAGCCUUGCUGCAGCAGUCCAGCACCCUGACCCAGAACAGAUCCACCAGAGCUUGCUGGCUGCAAUCCGCUCUGGAGAGGCUGCUGCCAAAUUGAGGCGGGUUGCACCUCCAUCAAACACUAUUGCCAUCAAUGGAAGAUCCAGUCUCAGUUCUCCAGUGUCCAUUGAAACAAGAUACGGUAGUCAUUAAGACUUUGUACCAAAUAUUUUGCACUUUAAUCACAGCUGCAUAGAUCUACUGCAUAAAUCUACUUCACAGUUACCUGCAUAUUAUUGAAGACUUAUGUAUAGAUGCAGGAUUGUGUGGGUAUAUAUUGUCAAGAGUGAAGCACAGAAAUUUAAUGGACGCCUCAAAAGAAUUCUUAAAAUAUAUAAUUUAUGGCUUUUUUUGACUUUUCUCUUUAAAACUAAAAAUGCUGCUUCAGAACAUAUUCCAUGGCGCAGAACAGUUGUAGAUUUUUUUUGCUGCUGUAAUAAUCAGAUAUGCUAAUUUCCACUUCAUCCAUAACAAAUGAUGUGUAGCAAUGUGCUGUAUAAUGCUAAGAUUCAUCUUAAUGUUUAUAACUGCUUAAUAAUUAUGUUCAGAAAUAUUUGAAUUUAAAUGUAGUUCUUCUCACCUGUUGCCUUGAAUGUUAAAUUUGAAAUUAAUUAUUGCACUUAGCUAAAUAUUAUCUAGAAACUCUGAUGGGCAGGUUUUCUAGUAAAAAAAGCAAUGUAGAUGAUAUACAUUUAAAGAUAUACUUCUAAAUCAAUUUAAUUGCUUAUUCUCCUUAAAUUAGUAGAACCUAAAGGUGCUUAAUUUUGGCUGGAUCAUGCCUAUUUAGGUUGAUUGUUACCAUGUUUGCUUCUAGUAUCAAAGUGAAAAAUAAUAAAACAGAAAUCUCCUGGCACCUACUUGUUAACACUAUAUGUGAAUUUCCUUAUUUAAAACAUGUUUAGUCUCAAUGCUAGAGUGCUUAUGUCUGUGAUGUGUCACAACAAUGCCACCAGUGAGAUCAGAUCUUUUUUUCAAAAGCAACUGUAAACCCAUAUCCAAAUUAUAGAAAAUAGCAACCCGUGAAUACUUUUGGAGUGCACUCAUGUUGCUGAUAGAUGUCCCCAAAACCUUAGCUAAUAUGGCCAAUGGGGAUAGAUAGUAACAAUUGGGCAGUGUAGGAACAUCUGAAAAGUUACAGAUGUCCCAUCCUGUUCUAGGGUGAUACCAAAGAGCAGGUCCAUGAGGUCUGAACUGUAUAUCUCAAAAAUAGGCAUAUAAUUCAGCAUUCCUAUCCUCAUUCAGAGUCCUUUAUGGAUUUGAUUCACCAGUACUGAGGUUCAGUAACUUCUACCCACAUCUUUUUGUAAAUUUAGUAGCUAAGCAGAUGUUGGGAAAGGAUCUUUGGCAAAGACAGACUGAUAGGACAUAUAUUUGGAAAUAAAUUUGGAAUCUAUUUAAGAUGACAUGAAAUAUUCACAAUCCAGCUCUGGGUUGGACUGAAGAUUCUGGAUAUUUGUUUGGCAUUGGAUAUAAAUUUUCAAGACAUUGAGCUGUGGAUCAGGUAUAGCUUGAGGGGAUCUCAAGCAAAAGUCGCAAUGGCCUAGAGCUGCCAUAAUGUAUUUGAAAAUAGAUAAGCUGUAGUUGAAUGCAAACUUUUGUGCAGUUUUUCUUCACUAUUCAUAAAAGCAAGCUAUUUUUAUGUUGGUUAAUUUUUAAAAUAUUUUUUGACAUUCAGGAAAUUCAGCAUAUGGUUAUGGAGGGAAAUGCGCUUCACUUUAUCUUAAGGAAAGAGGUAUUGGUGACAAUUUCUCCAGUUCAAAUUUGUUUUAGAAAUAUUGUCAGUCAACUACUUCUACGAGUAUAUAUUUCUAACACUGUAGAAUUUAAGCAUCAACUAUGGAAAAGACAUAUUAUCUUGAGCAGAAAACCAAAUCCUCAGUAAUAGAUGUUUUGCUUUGUCGCUGUCCAUCUUUUUCUUCCUGUCUUGACUUACUAAUGUUGCAUUUCUAUGUUGAAAAUUUGUUUGUGACCCUAGUUCUGAUCAAGCAAUAAAUUGUAGAUAUGCAUUGCAAA